AUGUACACAAAUGCGUCUUCUGCACUUUUGCUAACAUUGACAACACUGGGCUUAUCUGAUGCAUAUAUUUACCCAGCAUUUCUGUUUGGGACUUUAACAUAUCUGUUAAUUAUGUUUUUCAACCUUUUGGUAUUAAUAACGAUUGCGUGGAGUAAAAAGCUACACAAGCCCAUGUUUAUCCUGCUGUUCAAUUUGCCCAUUAGCGACAUGGUUGGUGCUACAGCUUUUUUUCCACAGCUUGUUUUCAGCAUUGUGACACAGAACAGACUGAUAUCCUAUCCUGCAUGUAUUACUCAGGCUUUUUUGAUUCAUGUUUACGGUACAGGAAACUUGCUGAUCUUGAGUGCCAUGGCAUAUGACAGAUAUAUUGCGAUAUGUUUUCCUUUGAAGUAUAAUGCCAUCAUGACUCAACAUAAAUUAGUUAGGAUUAUUAUGAUAAUAUGGUUUAUAAAUCUCUCAUUGAUGGUCACAUUGAUUUCGUUGCUUGAACGGUUAAAAAAUUGCAGGACAAAUAUAGUAGAUUUAUACUGUAACAAUCCAUCAUUAUUGAAACUGGCCUGUGAGGACACCGAAGUGAACAACUACUAUGGACUGUUCACUAUAGUCUUACUCCAAGGCGGAUCACUGUUAAUAAUAGUGUUCACAUAUGCACAGAUUCUGCGUACAUGUGUCAUGACUAAUCAGACUGAUGCCCGGCGAAAAGCCAUUCAGACAUGUGGCUCACAUUUAGUGGUUUUCUUAAUUCUUCAAAUCAAUACUAUGGUUACACUAAUUUCUCAUCGCUUUGAGAGUGUGUCCCCUUUUCUGAGAAGGGCUCUUGGUGUGUCAGUUUUAGUUUUCCCUCCUUUUUUGGACCCAAUAAUAUAUGGACUGAAAACUGCAGAACUCAAGCAGAGCAUAAAAAUGCUCCUAAUAAGAAAUGUAUGUUCAUCGAGGCUGUAACACAGUUUUCACUUUUGGCUUCCCUAUGAAAUAUUGGCAACUUCCUAA